ACAUAAAAAAAUAGGCUGAAAGUAUAAAAACGAGCCAACUGUAUUUUGUAGAACCAGUUGCUUUCCUGCACCAGAUCAUCAAACCAAAGAUGAAGAUUUUGCUAGUCCUAGCCGUUAUUGUGUCCACAGCGACUGCCACGUACUAUUAUGGAGGAAUGGGCGGAUAUCGCGGAGGAAUGAUGGGCGGAUAUCGCGGAGGAAUGAUGGGCGGAUAUCGCGGAGGAAUGAUGGGCGGAUAUGGUGGAUACGGAGGAUAUGGUGGUGGAAUGAUGGGAGGAGGAUACGGUGGUUACGGAGGUUACCCUGGAAUGAUGGGAGGUGGUUAUGGUGGAUAUGGUGGAAACGGUGGAUAUGGCGGUAUGAUGGGAGGAGGUGGCUAUGGUGGAUAUGGUGGGAUGGGAGGAUACGGCGGCGGUAUGAUGGGAGGCGGCUAUGGUGGAUAUGGUGGAAUGGGAGGAUACGGUGGUGGUAUGAUGGGAGGAGGUGGCUAUGGUGGAUAUGGUGGGAUGGGAGGAUACGGUGGUGGUAUGAUGGGAGGUGGCUAUGGUGGAUAUCGUAGAUACGGCAGUAUGAUGGGAGGCGGUAUGGGUGGUAUGGGAGGAUACGGUUAUCGUAUGGGAGGAUACCGUAAAAAAGGAUACUACUAGACUGCUGCUAGGUGACCACGACUUGACUAGGACUUGACACGGACUUCCUACUGUACAUACAAAAGUACCAGCGCUGGACGAAUGGCAUGUCAUCAUUACAGAAUACAAUUUGCGUUGCGUUCGUUGCCAGAGAUUUUUUUAUGUAUUUGAUAUUAUAUGUUAAUAAAGCAUCCCAAAAAUU